CUUUCUCAGGUCAAGGACUCAAGUUAAAAAAAGAAAAAAAGAAAAAGACAAAAAACGUACUGCUUAUAUAAUUAUAUUCUAGCUAACCAGACUAGAGCAGUGCAGGUUGUCCUAUAGUCGAUCUCUCCAAAGAUUCUGUCUCUCUCAUUUCUCAUUUCUCAUUUCUUAUUUCCUAUUUCCAAUAUCAAAGAGGAGUGUCUUCUUCAAGCUAACAGUCCUUCUUUGAUGGCUUCUUGUUCCAGUUCAGAGAUGGUAAAGAAAAUAAUAGAAAUAUUUUGUGGCAAGACCAAGAAGAAGAAUAUUCACAAUCACAAGGUGGGAGAGAGAAAGAAAGUAAAAGGGACUGUUGUUUUAAUGAAGAAGAACGUGUUGGACUUCAAAGAUAUCAAAGCUUCGUUUAUUGAUCGGAUUCAUGAGUUGUUGGGCAAGGGUGUGUCCAUGCAACUCAUCAGCUCUGUUCAUCCUGACCCAGCAAAUGUAUUGCAAGGGAAGCUUGGAAAGGUGGCGCAUUUGGAGAAAUGGGUUACAACAAUCACUCCAUUAACAGCAGUUGAAACUGUAUUCACCAUUUCAUUUGACUGGGAUGAGUCCAUGGGUGUUCCUGGGGCCAUCAUUGUAAGAAACCACCAUCACAGCCAGUUUUACCUUAGGACAGUCACCUUAGAAGAUGUUCCUGGGCAUGGUCGUGUGCAUUUCGUUUGCAAUUCUUGGGUUUACCCUGCACAUCGUUACAAAUACAAUCGCGUAUUCUUCUCAAACAAGACCUACCUUCCAUGUCAAACACCUGAGCUGUUACGCAAGUAUAGGGAAGAAGAACUGGCAAAUCUGCGUGGAAAUGGAACAGGGGAGCUUAAGGAGUGGGACAGAGUCUAUGACUAUGCUUACUACAAUGAUUUGGGAAGUCCAGAUAAAGGUAAAGAUUAUGCACGCCCUGUUCUUGGUGGAACAAAGGAGUACCCAUAUCCCCGAAGAGGAAGAACUGGACGUAAACCAACAAAAAAAGAUCCCGAUAGUGAGAGCAGAUUGCCACUUAUAAGUCUAGACAUUUAUGUUCCAAGAGAUGAGCGGUUUGGCCACUUGAAGUUCUCAGAUUUUCUUGCCUAUGCACUGAAGUCCCUUGUACAGAUAUUGCUCCCAGAGCUUUCAUCUUUAUGUGACAAAACCAUUAACGAGUUUGACAGUUUCCACGAUGUAAUUAAGCUCUAUGAAGGGGGGCUUAAGCUACCGAAUGGACAUACAGUCAGUAAAAUUAGGGAACGCAUUCCUUGGGAGCUGUUGAAGGAACUCAUUCGUAAUGAUGGUGAGCGAUUCCUCAAGUUCCCAAUGCCUGAUGUGAUCAAAGAGGACAAGUCUGCUUGGAGGACUGAUGAAGAGUUUGGACGAGAAAUGCUUGCUGGAGUCAACCCUGUUAUCAUCAGCCGCCUCCAAGAAUUCCCCCCAACCAGCAAUCUAGACCCUAAAGAAUAUGGGAAUCAAAACAGUGCAAUAACAGAAGAACACAUAGAGAAGAACCUGAAUGGGCUGACUGUAGAUCAAGCAAUUAGAAACAACAGGCUGUUUAUAUUAGAUCAUCAUGAUGCACUAAUGCCAUACCUGAUGAGAAUAAACUCAACCACCACAAAGACUUAUGCCACCAGAACGCUCCUUUUACUGCAAGAUAAUGGGACACUGAAGCCAUUAGCAAUUGAGUUAAGCUUGCCGCAUCCACAAGGGGAACGCCAUGGUGCUGUCAGUAAAGUUUUCACUCCAGCAGAAGAAGGUGUUGAAGGUUCGGUGUGGCAGCUGGCCAAAGCCUAUGCUGCUGUUAAUGAUUCUGGCUACCACCAGCUUAUUAGCCACUGGUUGAACACCCAUGCUGUAAUAGAGCCAUUUGUAAUUGCAACAAAUAGACAGCUGAGUGUGCUUCAUCCAAUACAUAAGCUUUUGCAUCCCCAUUUCCGGGACACAAUGAAUAUAAAUGCCUUGGCUCGGCAGAUCCUCAUCAAUGCUGGUGGGGUGCUUGAGCGAACAGUCUUCCCAGCAAAAUACGCCAUGGAGAUGUCUGCUGUUUUAUAUAAGAACUGGGUGUUCACUGAACAGGCAUUACCUAAUGAACUGCUCAAAAGAGGAAUGGCAGUUCCAGACUCACGCUGCCGCCAUGGCCUCAGACUUCUGAUAGAGGAUUAUCCCUAUGCUGUUGAUGGGCUAGAGAUCUGGUCAGCAAUUGAGAAUUGGGUUAGUGAAUAUUGUUUUCUCUACUAUCCAACUGAUGAUAUGGUCCGAAAUGAUUCUGAACUCCAAUCAUGGUGGAUGGAGAUCCGCAAUGAGGGGCAUGGUGACAAGAAAGAUGAGCCAUGGUGGCCUGAGAUGAAGACACGAGCUGAGCUUAUCCAAGCAUGCACCAUUAUCAUAUGGGUGGCUUCUGCCCUUCAUGCAGCUGUGAAUUUUGGGCAAUACCCUUAUGCUGGCUAUCUUCCUAAUCGCCCAACUGUAAGCCGCCGCUUCAUGCCUGAGCCAGGCACCCCUGAGUAUGCGGAACUUGAGUCAAAACCUGAAGUAGCCUUCCUGAAAACUAUAACAGCACAGUUUCAAACCCUCCUUGGUGUAUCACUGAUAGAAAUUUUGUCCCGGCAUUCAACUGAUGAGAUUUAUCUUGGGCAGAGAGAUACUCCCGAGUGGACUUCAGAUGCUGAACCACUCGCAGCAUUUGAGAAAUUUGGAAAUAAGCUGAGAGAAAUUGAAAUAAUAAUUAAUGAAAUGAACAAUGACCAGAGAUGGAGGAACAGGGUUGGGCCAGUCAAUGUACCUUAUACCUUGCUCUAUCCUAACACCUCCGAUACUACUAGAGAGGGCGGGCUCACUGGCAAGGGUAUUCCCAACAGCGUCUCCAUCUGAAUUUUUUGGUUUGGUAGCAGCAGUUUACUUUUUGUAAGUUGUGUUAAAGUGAAAGAUUGUGAGAUAGGUUUUUGUAUCCACAUUUUUCCUCUUGAUGAAGGCAAGUAGUUGUGCAUUAUCUACAGACAAUAACAAUGAUGAAUAGUGUGCCUAUUGUUCUUAUGUUGUGAAA